UUCCCCCCGAAAUGGGCUCCUCCCAUUUCCCCACCCAAUCACCUUGUUCCCCUGAAAGCACCAUCCAGUUAAUGGCAGGGCUGACAGGUGUGGCCAACCGCAGUGAUAGAGCAGGUGGAAUGCAGCCUCCUAAUCCCAUUUUGGGAUGCUAUUUUCAAGGCUGGGUGGGGCUCUGGUGAUAUAAAUUCCAGAAUACAGAGGGAGGGAGCAGGAUACUUCCAUCACUCCAAGGCAGAGUCAGCAGAGGGAAGCAGAACUUCUCCUCCUCUUCCUCCUCUCAGAAGCCUCCCGAUAUGAACUGUGGAAGUCCUGGGCGAUGGCCCUUCUGUGGCAUGGCUCCUGCGGCCUUCCUCCUGGUUCUGUGUCUCCAAUGGCAAGGCUCAGCCUCCAGAUGCAUUGAAGGGUCGUCCACGGAAGACCUGCAGCCCAUGCCUCCUGGAGUGCAGCGGAACUCUCUGCCCAGCGGCCUCAUGCAACCCGACGUCUCGUCAAUGGGCCGAAGAGAUUGCAUCCCUGAUGGAGGAGACACCCGCAUAGUGGGUGGCAGCCCUGCAACCUUUGGGGGACAGGCAGGGGGUUCUUCUACGGCUGGCCCCAGUUCACCAGGGGCGAGCCCCUUCCAAUAUGGCAAGCCAAGCCGGCCUGGGCUGUCGGGCAAACCGCUGGGGUCUAUAUUUGGAGGGACGCUCCCUCCUGCGUUAGGGGCACCAAAUGUGAAACCUGGCAUGUCGGGUGGCGCUACCCAGUAUGGGUAUGGCCCUGGAUAUAACAGCCGGGGUUUCCCCCGCCCAGUGUGGAAGAGACCUGGGCUCCCAUACAUACCGACUGCUGAGGAGCGGGGUGGAGGCUACAUCCCAAUACGAAACGAACCACCUAGGCUUUAUCCAUAUGGCGCUGGUGGAGCUGCAGCAGGGGGAUCGGCUUACAGCGGCGGGUCCGUAGCAUAUGGGCCGAGGGGCACGUAUGAUGGCAGCUACGGGCCCGUCCCUGCAAGUGUGCAGCCUGGUGGACAGCGAGACAGUGGGGAUAAAGGAAACCCUUGCACACCAAACUGUUAGGGCGAAAGGCUGGUCCACAUCCUGGGAACUUGAGGCGGGGGUGGGUGGAAUGUCAGCUCAACUCUUCUGAGAGGGACAAAAGAUUAAAAAAAAUUCCUUCCAGUAGCACCUUAGAGACCAACUAAGUUUGUCAUAGGUAUGAGCUUUCGUGUGCAUGCACACUUCUUCAGAUACACUGAAGAGGCGUAUGUGAUCUUAGGCUGUGUUCCCCCCCCCCCAAGCUUUGGACCCCUACCCUUAAAAAAUGAAUUAAAACACAUUCAAAAGACAUGGUUAUGAGUCCUCCUGACCAAGGAGUUUUCAGAACUUUUGCCUGACAAAUAUGCUCCAAACCGCCAUAGAACUACAAGAGUUUUCUGGAGGAAUCGGAGAUGGAAGGUCAUCCAGCCCAAUGCAGGAAUCUCAACCAAAGCAUCCGUGACAGAUGGCUGCCCAGCCUCUGCUUAAAAACCUCCAAGGAAGGAGAGUCCACCUCCUCUCAAGGCAGUCCGUUCCACAGCUCUUACUGUCAGAAAGCUCUUCCUGACAUUUAGUCGGAAUCUCCUUUCUUGUAAACUUGAAUCCAUUGGUUUGGGUCUUAGCUUCCAGAGCAGGAGAAAUAAGCUUGCUCCAAUGCUCCAUCGUCCAUGGGACAGCCCUUCAGAUGAUUUGAAGAUGGCUAUCUCAUCUCCUCUGUCUCCUCUUUUCCAGGCUAAACAUACCCAUCUCCCUCAACUGUUUCUCAUAAGGCUUGGUUCCCAGACCCUUGAUCAUUUGGGUUGCCUUCCCAUGGCAAUCCAGUUUCAAAUUGGUAGUGUAGCUGUUUCCCAGUCAAUGCCCCCUUGCUUCUUCCAUUAGGAAACCCUUCCUUCUCAACCCCCUUGGUAGCCCAGAUCCCAAGGCGGAAUCGUUUGCUCUCAGCCUUCUGGUGUCACAGUUCUGUCCCACUCCUCCAUGUGGCGCAGUAGGUUAAAAGUAUAGUAUGUCAUAUGGGUUGACUUGUCCAGUCAGGGGCCGAAAUCCUUUGCUCAAGCAAUAGUUGCUAGCUCGCCGCUUGAUUAAGAACCAGUUUACACGGCCCAGUUGAGCAGGCUGUGUCUGUGCCAACAUAAAUGAAGCAUCUUGGCCAUCUUGGACCAGGCCUGCAUAGCGUAGUGCAAUCCUGAGGGGAGUUAAACCUGCCUGAGAUGGCAAAAUCAAAGGGGCUGUUUGUAUCAAAAAUGUUUUAUAGUUGCUUGUGAUGCCGGCCUGAUUGUUUAGUGCAUCUCUCUCUCUCUCUCUCUCUCUGAAGCAGAAUGUAUUAAAGAACCUCUGUCACCUCUUGUCACCUGCUUUUGUUAUGUACCAUAACCCCUUUGGAAGCAAAGCCUUUUUUGUAUUCUUGUCAGACAAAAUGCCUGUAUUAAAAUCCUAUGUACUGUAA